AUGGCCAAUGGCACGCCAGCAAAUACAGUUGUCUGUGAACGCGACACCUCUCUGCUAAACCAUUUCCUCAUCUUCGAAUCUCUGCAAUCUCGCAUGCCUCAGACUCAAACCCUCGUCGAAGCUACGAGAAUCAAUAACGAACGCCUUGCCCAGAUCAGAACGGCUUUGGAGGUCAAACGGCUAGUAAUCGUCAUUGGCGCGGGGGUGACACUGAGCGCAACAGCAACUCAGUCUGGAGAAACACUUGCUCAGUUGUCCUGGCUCGGCUUGAUACGACAUGGUCUGAACUAUGUUGUCACAGAUGGCCAAAUUGACAGGAACCACCACAGGCUAAGUUAUGCACGCAAAAUACUUGAUUCCCAUCCCGAGGAUCUGUUAGAAGCAGCACGCAUACUCAAGCUUUUCCUGGACCAGGCUCAUCAAUGGCCUACUUGGCUAAAGGCUGUAUUUGGAGAUCUUUCCAAGGAAGUGAGGUAUCCUGCCGUGUUAGAUGUGCUGAAAUCUCUCCACGACAGAGGAGCGAUGCUUCUCACAACCAACUAUGAUAAUCUUUUUGAAGAAGGCUACUGCAGAUUGCGACGCAUCAGCCGGUCGCAUCACGACGACCUCCUGAAGUUCCAAAGUCGAGAUCUGCGGGGAAUUCUUCAUGUACACGGCAGCUACCACGACCCUUCGGAUAUCAUAUUGGACGCCACGGACUACGAGAAGGUCCAAUGCUCAGAGAUUAAGACCGUGCUGAGGACGCUCUGGAACACCCACACUAUUUUGUUUGUUGGCUGCGGAUCUGGAUUAGAGGACCCAAACUUCGGCGCACUCUUGGAAUGGGCAUGCAAUGAGGACCGGUCCCAGUACCCACACCAGUUUCUGGUCACUCGCGAACCAUCCACCAUCCUAGGUUCAGGAAGAUCGGUUGCCAUGAGGAGCUUAACAAAGCUACUAUUCUCGUUCAUCUUCUGGAAGUGA